AAAUGGGAAGACAUAGAUAGAUACAAGAGAUACCAGAAGGCGUUUAUUUUGUACUAUUUCAUAUUUGAUGAAAGGAGGGGAUGAAGAGAGAAUUGCCCUAGAAUCUUUUUUUUUCUUUUCAUUUUAUGCUUCAGUGACUAAGUGUAUUUUGGACAGAUCUGCUGAGAUAGUGAGGAUAGAAGAGGAUUUCAGUUUAAAGUGUGUGAGGAUGAGGGUAAUUUCAGAACUUUUGAAUUUUAGAAUUCCUGGUAAGGAAUUGUGAAACUUAUUACCCCUCUGACUUAUCAGAGCUCUUUAAAAGCAAUAUAGCAAUUUGUCUACCUCAUCCAAAGUUAUCCUUCUGAUGACAUUGCCUUUCUCUUCCAGGUCAUGAACCUCAAUUGCUCAUUGUGGCAGGACAACAUCAUGUCUGUCAAACACUUUGCAUUUGCCAAAUUCUCUGCGAUCACUGAAGAGUGUUUCCUCCUGUUUACCCUCAUCCUACUCAUGUUCUUAGCAUCACUGACAGGAAAUGCUCUCAUAGCCCUUGCCAUAUGGACCAACCCAGUCCUCCACACUCCCAUGUACUUCUUCCUGGCCAACUUGUCCGUCUUGGAGAUUGGCUACACCUGUUCUGUCAUACCUAAGAUGCUGCAGAGUCUUGUGAGUGAGGCUCGAGGGAUUUCCUGGGAGGGCUGUGCCACACAGAUGUUUUUCUUUACAUUAUUUGCUAUCAGUGAAUGCUGCCUUUUGGCAGCCAUGGCUUUUGAUCGCUAUAUGGCCAUAAGCUCUCCACUCCACUAUACAACACGAAUGAGUCGUGGGGUGUGUGCCCAUUUGGCAGUGGUUUCUUGGGGGGUGGGAUUCUUGGUCGGUCUGGGCCAGACCAACUAUAUUUUCUCCUUGAACUUCUGUGGUCCCUGUGAGAUAGACCACUUCUUCUGUGAUCUUCCACCCAUCCUGGCACUUGCUUGCAGAGAUACGUCCCAUAAUGAGGCUGCAGUCUUUGUCGUGGCUAUCCUUUGUAUUUCCAGCCCAUUUUUACUGAUCAUUGCUUCCUAUGGGAGAAUUCUAGCUGCUGUGCUGUUCAUGCCAUCACCUGAAGGCCGCCACAAAGCUCUUUCUACCUGUUCUUCCCACCUCCUGGUAGUAACACUUUUCUAUGGCUCAGGAUCUGUCAGCUACCUGAGGCCCAAAGCUAGCCACUCACCAGGAGUGGACAAACUCCUAGCUCUUUUCUAUACAGUGGUGACAUCCAUGCUUAACCCUAUCAUUUAUAGUUUACGGAACAAGGAAGUCAAGGCAGCCCUCCGGAGAACUCUGGGCAAGAAAAAAAUUUUGACUCGUGGGUAA